CAAAUGAUGACCGCAAAGAGGACGUGACGUAAUCAUUGCGCAUGCGUAACGUGCUUAGGUUGCGGAUACGGAUUGAGGUGCGACAGUUGUCCAAUCGGCUCUUUGACACGGAUCCAUGGAGCCGAAGCUGCAGCUUCUGCGUGAAAACGUCCGGACUUUCCCGGACUUCCCGAAACCCGGGAUCCAGUUCAGAGACAUCUGUCCCAUCUUGAAGAGCCCCCCUGCCCUCACCGCUGCCAUCGACCUGUUUGAGGAACGGGUGAGGACCAUGCACCCGCAGGUGGAUCUCAUUGUAGGUCUGGACGCGCGGGGGUUCCUGUUUGGGCCUUUGCUAGCCCAACGGUUGGGUAUUGGCUUUGUUCCUGUCAGGAAGAAGGGGAAGCUACCUGGAACCACUGUGUCUACAGCCUACGACCUUGAGUAUGGCAGAGCGGAACUUGAGAUCCAAGAGGACGCUGUGGCUCCAGCUCAAAAGAUCAUAGUGAUCGAUGACCUUCUGGCCACUGGAGGGACGCUGUGUGCCGCCUGUGAGCUGCUGCUGCGCCUGCAGGCUCAGGUUUUGGAGUGUCUGGUUCUGGUCGAGCUCAAAGAUCUGCGUGGCGCUGAGCGGCUGAAACCACACGCCGUCUUCUCUCUGCUCCAGUACUAGCAGGGUCCGGCGGUUCUGGUGUUAAGUGGCUGGUGACUCCUCCCAUCGUGCUCUGAGCAGAACAACAUUUAGAAAGAAAAACUGGAUCUUUGUGGGUCUGGUGGGGUGAAGAUGGAUCUCUGUGCUCACAUUCCAGUUGUAACUCUUGGAGCAGAACCUCUUCUCCCUUCUCCGUUGCUUGAUGGUGCAGGUUUGGACCUGUGUACUGUUAUCUUUUGAAUAAACCUUUUUUGUUGUGUAGCACUUUAGUACCUUGAAGGAGUUGUAAAGUGCUAUAUAAAUAAAGCUUCAUUUAUUCA